UUUUGUGGUAAAAUUAGGUGCCUCGGCUUAUAUUUGGGUCAGCUUAUACUCGAGUAUAUACGGGUAUAUAUACUGAAAGCAAAUGCAUUUUAGGAUGAUAAUAAUAAUCAUAAUUUGCAGCCAGACGACCUUAAAACCCACAUCCUCUUUCUCUCUGUCUUUCUCUUUCUCUGGGUUUUGUUUUUCCCUGCCUCUCCCACACUGCAAUGUGUGCACAGUGUCUCUUGUCUCUUGCACAAUCUCUGUUCCCAGACCAAACAGCUGCUAGCUAGUUGCACCCUGCUUUUGCACCAGCUGCUGCACUCUGCACAUGCUCCGAACCUGCCUUGGGGGUCCCUUGUCAAAUAAGACACCCCCUUUUUUGGCUGAUCCUCUUGGGCCCCAUUUGCAAACAGGUUCCGUAAGUCCCAGCGAUGGAGUUUGCAGAGUUGAUCAAGACCACCAAAGUGGACAAUGUGGUCUUCUCGCAUCCAGGGCUCGAACCCGUUGCAGGGACCCUCUGCAUCACCAGCCAUCACUUGCUUUUAUCCGGGAGCCGGGAGCAAAACCAGACUGAGCUGUGGCUCCUCAUUCGCAAUGUGGACGCCAUUGAGAAAAGGCUUGCAAACGCUUCAUGCUCCCUGACUCUCAAAUGCAAAGACUUGAAGGUCCUGCAGCUGGAGAUCCCUGGGAUGGAAGAAUGUCUCAACGUGGCCAGCUCCAUCGAAGCCCUCUCUUCCGUGGAAUCGGUGAUGAUGAUGUACCCCUUCUUCUACAGGCCCCAAAGCAUGAGGCUGGCAGGCGGGGGGAGGCAGCCCCAUGCCCUGGAAAAAUACUACCAGCAAGUAGCUUCUCGUACAGGCGCCUGGAGGCUCAGUGUCGUCAAUGAGGAUUUCCAGGCCUGCCCUUCGUAUCCCGCCUUGGUGGUGGUUCCCUCUUCGGUGGACGACGCUGCCCUUCGGAAGAGCGCCCGCUUCCGCCAAGGUGGACGGUUUCCCGUCCUGAGUUAUUACCACAAGAAGAACGGCACUGUGAUGCUCCGCAGCAGCCAGCCGUUGGUGGGGCCCCACCGGAAGCGCUGCCCGGAGGACGAGGGGCUGCUGGCCGCGGCGCUGGACGGAAGGAGCCGCGGCUUCGUCCUGGACACCCGCUCGGCUCAGGCGGCCAAACAGGCCAAGAUGAUGGGGGGCGGCACCGAGCACCGGAGCGCCUACGCCGGGUGGAAGCGGAUGCACAGGGCCCUGGACAGAGGCCGUCCCCUCCAGGAAAGCUUCGUCAAAGUGGUGGAGACUUGCAAUGACCCCUCGCUGACCAUGGACCGCUGGCUGAGCAAGCUGGAGGCCUCCAAAUGGCUGACCCACGUCAAGGAGUCCCUCGGCACCGCUUGUCUUGCUGCUCAGUGCAUGGAAAGGGAGGAAGCCUGUGUCCUGGUGCAUGGAGCCGAGGGGAUGGACACGACUCUGCUGGUGACCGCUCUGGCCCAGGUCAUCCUGGACCCUGGACGCAGGACGAUGGCCGGAUUCCAGGAGCUGCUGGAGCAGGAAUGGAUACAGGCCGGGCACCCCUUCCACCUCCGCUGUGCCCGCUCCGCCUACUCUCAUGCCCGGCUCAAGCAGGAGUCCCCCGUUUUCCUCCUGUUCCUGGACUGCGUCUGGCAGUUGGGGCGGCAGUUCCCCUUGUCACUGGAGUUCAACGAAGCUUUCCUGCUGGCGCUGUUUGAGCACAGCUACGCCUCGCCGUACGGGACCUUCUUGUGCAACAACGAGAAGGAAAGGAAGCUCUGCAACGUGGAAGGCAAGACCCACUCCCUUUGGCCCUGGAUCCACAGUGAAAGGGAGAAGUUCCUGAACCCACUGUUUGCCCCCAACCCCCUGGUCAUCUGGCCCUCUGUGGAGCCCCAGAGUAUCUUCCUCUGGCAAGGUUUGUUCCUCCGCUGGGUGCGUUCUUCCCAUUAUAUAGAUGAAGCAUGGACAGAAAUCCAGAAAAUAGCAAGAAAUCACAAAGCCCACCUAGAACAUCAGAGUGGGGCGGCAUCAACACAAACUGAGGCACAAACCCUUUCAAAAGUAGAAACAAAUGCUCACCUAUGAACUCACCUGACCUGCACUUUCUUCCAGAUUUUAAUAAGGAACUACCAAAGGGAGAAAAAAGCUUUGCACUUGAUGCUGGCCACUAACAGUGAAUACAGCUGUGGUGUGUAUGUAUAUAUGUAUGCAUUGGAAAUAGACGCAAAGCGUCACAGACUUGUCUUUAAACGGUUACAAUGAAAAUGAAAAGUUUUCUGUUGGUUAAAGCCAC